UUGCGUGCGCGCGCGUGUAUCACGUCAUGUGAUAAGGAGCGACUAGCGCUAAACAUGGCUGCAGACAAUCUCCCAUCCGUAUUUGAUGUUAUCAUACUUGGGACAGGACUGUCCGAGUCGGUCAUAGCGGCGGCCUGUUCCCGGGUUGGACAGCGCGUCUUGCAUGUUGACAGGAGAAGCUACUACGCUGGAAACUGGGCCAGUUUCACGUUUAACGGACUGCUGUCCUGGAUCGAGGAGUACAAGCAGGCCGGGCCGAGCGACGAGGCUGCGCAGGAGAAGGUGGAGGAGGGAGAGGAGGCCCUGGCCCUCAGCUCUCUGGACACGUCUAUCACCAACGUGGAGGUGUUCUGCUACGCCAGCGAGGAGCCAGAGGAGGUGGAAGAGGGGGUGAAGGAUGGCGCAGCGGCCGCCUGGUCUGUCCCUCAAACCCCCGAUUCGGAGGGGGAGGUCGAGAGGUGUUUGUUAGAGAGCAGUUCUGUCGAGGAGGAGGAGGCGGUGCUGGCCGGCGACGAGGUGGCUCAAGCCUCUGGACCCGAUGCCGGAGCGGAGGAAACCCAACCGGAGGGCGAGGUGCCCCCCCAGGCAUAUGAGACCCAGGGGGAGUGGCAGGACGAGCAGCAGGCCAGCCCAUCUCCUGCAGAGAGCCAACCAGAGCCCAAGAAACAGAUUACCUAUACUAAGAUUGUGAAGGAGGGCCGGAGGUUCAACAUUGACCUGGUGUCAAAGCUGAUGUACUCGCGCGGUUCACUGGUGGACCUCCUGAUCAAGUCCAACGUCAGCCGCUAUGCAGAAUUUAAAAACGUCACCCGCAUCCUUACCUACCGCAAUGGGAAAGUAGAACAGGUGCCCUGUUCCCGGGCCGAUGUGUUUGGCAGCAAACAGCUGACGGUGGUGGAGAAGAGGAUGCUGAUGAAGUUUCUAACCUUCUGCCUGGACUUUGAGCAGCACCCAGAGGAGUACCAAGACUUCUCGGUGCAUUCCUUCUGGGACUUCCUGCUGACCAAGAAGCUGACGGAGAACCUGCGGCAUUUCAUCCUGCACUCCAUCGCCAUGGUGACCCCAGACGUGUGUACAGUGGAGGGUCUGCGAGCCACGCAGCACUUCCUGCGCUGUCUGGGUCGCUACGGCAACACGCCCUUCCUGUUCCCCCUCUACGGGCUGGGGGAGAUACCUCAGUGUUUCUGCAGGAUGUGUGCUGUGUUUGGAGGGAUCUACUGUCUUCGCCAGUCAGUUCGCUGUCUGGUUCUGGACAAGGAGUCCGGCAAGUGCAAAGCUGUGAUUGACAGUAACGGCCAGAGAAUCAGCUGCAGUCACUUUGUGGUGGAGGAUGGCUACAUCGGGCUGGACCAGAGGAAGAACGUUGAUUCCAGGCAGAUAUCCAGAGCGGUUCUAAUCACAGAUCGGUCAAUUCUGCCCUCGGAUUCUGAACAGCAGAUCUCCCUUGUCACCGUGCCUCCUGUGGAGCCUGGCAGUCCAGUGGUCCGGAUGGUGGAGCUCUGCUCCUCCACCAUGACCUGCAUGCCAGGCACCUAUCUGGUCCAUCUGACAUGCUCUUCGUCUGGCUCGGCCCGAGAAGACCUCGCUCCUGUGGUGUCCAGACUCUUCUGCAUACCAGUUAGUCCUGGAGAGGAAUCUAAAGAAGGAGAGGAGGGGAGCGAGGUGCCAUCGGUGCUGUGGGCACUGUACUUCAACAUGAGGGACACCUCUGCGGUGGACAGGAGCAGCUACGACCUUCCCAGUAACGUCCACGUGUGUACGAGCCCGGACGCCGCCUUGGGUAGUGACCACGCCAUCAAACUGGCUGAGGCGGUGUUCCGUCAGCUUCUCCCCGAAGAGGAGUUCUGCCCACCGGCCCCCAACCCCGAGGACAUCAUCUACGACGGUGAGGGGCCCCAGGGGGAGGGCCCAGGCUUUGAGGAGGCUGACCCAGCCGAGGCCUUGCCCUCCCAGGGAGAAGUAGAGAGUGCUGAGCGGCAGGAGGAGGCGGAAGAUGCGGGGGAAACCGGUGAUGUUGCCAAACAGGAAACCGUUGCAGUGGCUGAGAAUGAGCCAAGACCAGCCAGUGAGGAAUAACCCCACACCACAACCACCAUAUUCAAUUGGAGCGCUGGCAUGUACAGAAGUCAGUCAGCAGUCUUCUGAACACGUCACGGCUAGACUCUCAUGUUGGUGACCAGAUAGUAUUGUCAUCCCUUAGAGGGAGCAUCUCCAUCUUUGAUGUGGUCACUUACAGAGACAUUAUAUUUAUAUUAUAUAUGUAUGUGUUCACAACAACACUAUACAUGUAUAUACAUUUUCAAUGACAUGCACAGCAUAAGAAUGGAGUUCUCUACUGGGCAGUAUAGAGCAGCCUACUCACUGCGUUUGUUCCUAUCACCUGAGCUUGGUGCAAAAAGGUUGUCAUGAGUUGGGGUCAAUGUGGAUUCAGGUCUUUUUGGUGGAGGGGGGCGAUCUGACUGUAAUGGGUUUACCCUGUUUUUCAUUGUGUCUUAUUUAUGUUUGUCCCACUUUUGCCAUCUGCUGCGAAUGACAUCGUUUGCAGCAGUCUGUUCUUUCUAAACGCUAUUCCAUUGUGAUGAAUAUGUUUUGUUUUAAAUGAGGGUCUCCGAAGGGCUCAAACAGUUGCCUUUUACUUUUUGCACUCUGUGUUUGUGUAGUCAGAGUUUUCUCAUCUAGAGUGACAGUUUCUUGUAUGUCUGGAAGGGUUUCUGUGAGUUUGGGACCUGCAGUACUUGCUUUACAGGCAAUAAGGCAUAUCAUCCUCGAUUAACCCCACCCCAAAACACUGGGACAGGGUUAGCCACGCAAAUCAACUUCCAUAUUUCCAAGUGCUAUUGUUCCUUCAUUGUCCUCUAACCAUGUCCGUCUAAUGUGUGCGUGUUACAGUUCUUUCAUAUUUAUUGUUGCUAUCACUAUCAUUUUAGAACGGCUGAUAACAUUAAAGUGCUACUAAAAAACA